UUGAAUUUAUCAAUUAUCGUUUUUAUUAUUAUUUUAUUCCAGAUUUUUAUUGAAAACAUUGCUGUUCAGAUAAAGUUUUGGAACAUUGUUGAAAUAACAUUUAUUUGAUAUUUAUAUAAAAUUUGAAUGAAUUGACGUUUAUAUAAUUCGUAAAUUUUCAAUUUUAACUUUUAAGAAUGUCAAUUGUGGAUAAUAUUUUUAAUUUUCUAUGUUUUCUUUAAUUUUUUUAUUGACAAUCUGCCGCCAUCUUUAUGUCACUGGAGAAGCAGAACGAUUUCAAGAAUUGGGAUUUAUUAUUAUAGAACAUUUGAAAGUAACAUACCCUUGAUUUUGCUGUAGUUAUUUGUCUCCUUGAAUUAAUGCAUGAUGUCUGUUGAAUAGUAAUUUUGAAAUAUUUUUAUAAGUGACACAUAUCAAAUCCCAGUGUGUUUGUUAGUGUUUUUAGAGUUCCUGGUUUACAAUACUGGACUGAAAUUUAUAACGCGCAACAUAAAUAAUAAGUGUUAAAACACAUUGAAAAUUGUUGGUGAAGCAAUGAGCCGUCAAGAAGGUGGACGAAUUUCAGUUCCGGAUGAAUUGCGUGAUUUGUUGCUGGAAUUUACAAUUAGUUACUUAUUGGAACAACCAAGUGACAUAUUAACGUAUGCAGCGGAUUACUUUAUAAAACUGCGUGAAAAUCGUACAAAUGAAAUAAUAAGACCUACUUUAGAUGGACCAGAAUCACCAGAUGAUUCGGUAAUAUCCGAGGAAGAGGCACCUGUUAUCAGAUUCUCAAACCGAAGGAAGUCUGUGUUUGCAGAAUCGUACAAUCCAGAAGAAGAUGACGACGAUGAAGGUGUCAAGGUUGUAUAUCCAAAAUCAGAUGAACAGAGGCAGCGGUUAGCAGAAAGUGUCAAAAACAUUUUCCUCUUUCGAACAUUAGACAAGGAACAAACGCAGAAUGUAUUGGACGCAAUGUUCGAAAAGAAAGUUAUUAGUGAUGAGUACAUAAUCAGACAAGGCGAUGAUGGAGACAACUUCUAUGUUAUUGAAAGCGGAGUGUACGAGGUGUACGUGCAGUCGGAGCACGACCAGGAGCCCAAGCACAUCCACACGUACGACAACGUGGGCUCGUUCGGGGAGCUGGCGCUCAUGUACAACAUGCCCCGGGCCGCCACCGUCAAGGCCGUCUCUGCCGGCUCCCUCUGGGCCAUGGACCGCAUGACCUUCCGGCGCAUCGUGCUCAAGAGCGCCUUCAGGAAGCGCAAGAUGUACGAGCAGCUCAUAGACAGCGUGCCCAUGCUCAAGGCACUGCAGCCGUACGAGCGCAUGAGCCUGGCGGACGCCCUGCUGCCCCGCGUGUACAGCGACGGAGAGCUGAUCAUCAAGCAGGGGGACUCGGCCGACGGCAUGUAUUUCGUGGAGGACGGGCUGGUGCAGAUCACCGUGCUCAACGACGAUGGCCGGGAGGUCGAGGUCAGCAGGGUCGAGAAGGGUGGUUACUUUGGGGAGCUGGCGCUGGUGACCCACAAGCCACGGGCAGCCUCGGUGUACGCGGUCGGCACCGUCAAGCUGGCUUUCCUUGACGUGGAAGCUUUCGAAAGGCUGCUAGGACCAUGCAUGCAGAUCAUGAAGAGGAACAUAGAUGAUUACGAUGAACAGCUUGUUCGAAUUUUUGGCUCCAAAACCAAUAUCACUGACAUCCGCACCACAUAGUCAUCAGAAAGUGUUUAUGUACCUGUUCUUAUGCUGUGUUGACCGAUCCUCCCCUGUGAAAAAAAGAUUAUUGUCUAUUCCAAACACAUGAAAGUUUAUCCAGAUCUGAUGAAAUACUUGCGUAUUAUAUUUAUGGUAUUGAAGCAAAAUGUAGUGUGAGCAUAGAGUUUGAUGUUAUUUAUUAAUAAUUGUUCAUUAAAGUUUAAUCUUUUAUCAGUAUAUGCAAGUCCUGCAACAUUUGACAUAUUUUAUCACAGUAUUUAUGUUAUGUAUUCAAAUUUUUUAUGUGAUUAUAAAUUAGUGUAGUUCUUGCAGGGCGAAAUGUGCUGCUUGCCAUGCUAUUUUUCGUCUGAAUCCAUGUACGUGGGCGAAGGUAGUGUAACUGUAUGUUUUAGGUCCUUUAUCAAAUUGCACAAAUAUUUUAAGCAUGAAUAAACUAUUUUUUUUGUACCUGAAUAAAGUGUGUAGCUAAUUGAUUUGAAUUUAUUUAUUUCAUAAUUUAUUUUAUUUACAGUUAAUUGAUGAUUCAAUUUAGUAUAUAUGUAUUUAUGUAAAUAUGGAGGUUGAAAUUUUAUUUUUUUUAUUAAAGCUUUAUCAACAUUAAUGCUUGUUGCUAAUUUAUUGACAUUUUAUGUUUAAAUAAUACAUAAUGAAUUUAAUUAACAGCUGAAAGUAAAUACUUUUUGAAUGAAUUGGUGAAUGUGCAUACAUUCCACAUGGUGUUUAAAUUUAAGUUAACUUUGAGUUUGUGUAGAUAUUGCUCUUAGCUUGUCGAGGUGAAAGGGGGAAAAAAAAAACCAGUUACUUCUUUCAUUUUUAUACUCUGUGAUUAUUUAGAUGAAUUUGCAGGCAGCAACAUUGGAAUGCAAUAAUCAGUGUUCAAAUUGUGAAGGAUAGAUCUUAUCUUUCUAGUCAGAGAAAAUAAAACGUCAAUGUGUGUGGCACACUUGCCCUAUUGAAUUGUAAAUUGUAGGCAUUAAUAAUAUAAAUAUUAUAUAUUUAGAAAGACACAUAAUGUGUUGGCUGUAUUAGAAUUUCAUUGACCAGUAUUGCAGUGUUUGAAAGGCUUUUUUAUUGCUUAUUUUUUGUAGCAUUUCAUGACUGUUUUAAUGUGGUGUCAAUAGUUUUGUUAUUCAGUGUUCAUCCAAGUACCACCUGUUUGUUCCCUGUUGACCUGUUUUGAUAGAGAAAGUUUUAAAUAUUUUUACGUGGUUUGAAUAUAAAUCUUUAAUCUUAAAUCAAGCGUGUGUGUAUGUAGGUUCAUUGUAGCAAUGACUUUGUUUUUGCCAACUCCAGCCCAUGCUUCUAAUGACUCUAAAAAAUUUCUGCCAGUUAUACAUGUUUCUUUGUGUCAGAAAGACUUGAUAUUGUUUGAAUUUAGAAUUAUCUUGCCAAAAAAACUUUUUUUUUUUUGCUACAGGCAGGUGGCAUAUAGAUAUUACUAUGUAAAAGUGGGUUAUUAUUCAUAGAAUUUGACUAAAAAUACAUUGUUCAGACUCGGAAAAAUUUAGAGUUUCAGAUCUAGCGAUUUACGUCUAUAUUAUUUGCAAGUAAUAGGUCGAUUCAACAUGUGCAGUUCUCAAAUUUUCUUGAACAAAAAAGUGUGUCCUCCCUGCAUUUCUUUUCUUGUUGACAGCAAUUGGGUGGAACCUGCUAUUCCUCUGACAACAGCUAUGUCGUGGGGAUCAGGGUGUUACAGGUGUGCGUGAUGUGCUUAAAGGCUGCAUAGUCUCCUACAGUCGCCCAGAGACGCUCUGGCGGCCGGUACUGUGGCAAAAUGGUGACAAAGUAAAUGUCUAUUCAAGGAAAAGAAAAAAAUAACAUUAACUGUAGGGUUAGGUAUGCCAAUGGGAGAGUCAUGUGAAAUGCAUGGGUGCAUAAAUCACAAAAAAAAAAGUGAAAAUCCAAGAGGCAAGAGCGGAAGAGGCAGGAAAAGAGGAGGCAGAGGACAGGAAAUGUAUGUUACUAACUACAUCAUUACUCUGUGGGAAUGUGAAGAAGCAACAAGAAUUCUCGGGGUGGCUACACGGCCGGGAAAAUCAGAAAACUUUGAAUUAUCCGGGAAUUUUUUUGGUGCUGGGAAAACUGUGAGAAACCCAGGAAUUUUUGAAAGCCAUUAGGAUUUUUUUUCCUAGCAAGCUGAAAAUAGCUUGAAUGAAAAAUUGUUCAUCAUGCCUGUGAACUGCAUCACGUGAGAGCUGUGUGCCAUUUAUUUGAGCACUGUUCACAUCGUAGUGGAAAAACUACUCUCCACGAUGCCUACAAAUUGCAUCACUUAUACCCUUUUUUGACUGCUGUUUACUGGCAAACCUCCGCUGCGGAUUUGUGACACUUGUUAAGAUAAUUAGUGAUUUGUCAUAGGGGUUGGAAGUGUCUACUCAGUUUCUUUCUUCUCUCCUGUUUUUUUUUUACUUUAACAUCCUAAGGUUGGCAUGGUGGUAAUAAUAAACUGAAGCUACUGCCAAAAAUUGUUACUUUUAUUUGUCAUGUAAAAGACUGAAAGCUCUAUUCAGAAUAAAAUGACACCUAAAACAACUAGACUAGUGGAGAGUGCCAUAAGGCAAGUGAUAAAUGCAGGAGUUCAAGCAGUUAAAAUCACAAAUCCCUUGAAAGCAGCGCAAAAUGCCAAUGCUUGGCAUGUGAAUAGCAUAUUGCACGCAAAUAAAUGCAGCAAAAGAGAAGAAAUGCUGUGCUAGAGAGAUGAGGGAGAUUGAGACAACAAAAGUUAACUGCUCAGUGAAGGUAGGAAAGAGGUGGUAUUAAUUUAUGAGCAUAUAAAAUAUAAAAACACUGUUAAUUGACAGUAUUAUGUAGUAGUUUAGCAUACUUGUAAUUUAUUAGUAAAAGAUUUUCUUAAACAAUAUAUUCUGUGUACAUUAAGUUGGAUAUAACUGGAGAUUCAUUUCCUUAAAAGUAACUGAAAUAUUUUAAAUUUUUGUGAUGUGAAAUGUAAAAUAAAGAAAACUGUGAAAAAUAUUUGGAUGUUUUAAGACUGACUUUGAAAAUCAAAUUUGUUGAAAAUAGCUCAUCAGAUGUAAAAGUUGAUGUGUCCCAUAAUAAAUUCUCAUGGUUGUUUAGCAUAUAAUAUGUGUAUUAUGUCGCUGCCUCAACAUUGUUAAGUUGACUUUAUUUUUUUCCUUCAGUGGUUACUUGUUCUUAAAUAAUGGAAGGCAAAACCUGGAAUUUUUAAACUUGGAGCUUUCAAAACUUGUAAAUAUCCAGGAAUUCAGAACUCCAUGUAGAGUAGCCACCCUCAUUGUGUAUGUGCAAAGUAUUACUUGGAAGGAGAUAAAAACACUGUUAGAAUGUGAAACACGAUAAAGGUCGGAGAUAUCGGUAAAGGAUUGGGAUCUUGGUCUAUGGAAAUGAACCAUCUCAGAAUGUGUGUAAAUUUUUUUUUCCCUAAAGAAAUCAUGGAAAACCGAUAUCAAGAUGGAUGGACUGGAAUUUGAACCACGGUUACUCCGCAUGCAGACCCAGUGUUUUACUUUUGCACCUCUCAUUGUUUCCUAUUCUGAUUGAGUGCAGAGAGGUUUUCUUGUCCUUCCCGGCAGUUGGCGCAAGUCGAUCCAGACGGUAGCUGGUGGUAGACGCUCAGCCACUUCCAGUAAACAACCCAGGGCUUUAUAGCUGAGGGUCUGAGAUGUUUACAAUGCGAGAGAUCCUGUAUUAAAACAGCACAGGAAAACUCACGAACCACGGGUCAUUUAUUUGCCUGCCACACUGACACAAGAUCACUGUUCUAAUGAUGAAUGCAUUAUUACCCAUCACAAAACAAAAGACGUUGAAAAUUAGAAGAAGAAGAAAAAAAGAGGGUGGUAUUGGUUGUUGAUGCACUAAAUACCUUACAGUACAGACAAUGGCCUGCUUUAUUUUUUAAUGUUUGUAAUUGGCCCUCACUGUAAGGUUGGCCAACGCUAAGAGUCUCAACUCAAAGCCACACAUUAUCCUUUGUCCGGCUGCGUGGCGAAUGAGAGGCCAGAGCAACUUCUAGCUGCCGAUAGCAGGGAGCGACUACAUGUUGGGAGAGGAAUCUGGAAUUUCAAAUGAGGCAUUUCGAAGAAUGAUGGCGAGUAAUGUUCGAUGGCUAAACUAUACAGUUGAAUGUGGUUCAACUAUAACGUAGAACAGAAAUGUGAAUCGACCUUGUGAAUUGAUUUAAACAUUUCUGUCUUGACAUAAUUAAAAUACUCGACUACAAUGUAUUUGAUGUCAACAUGCUUGAAUAAAUUUGAAUACUCAGUUUUAUUUUUAAAGUAUAGUUAUUGCAGACUUUGUGGUGUUUUCAGUCAGGUUAUUGGCACUACAAGCUGUGUCUUCAUGUGGUGACUGGGUUUUGAAAGUAUGAGAAUUUCUAAUGUCUAACAACACCAUAGUGUAGGCCCUAGAAAUUUAGGUUAUACUGACAUUGAUGCCAGCUUACCUAAUCAAUUUUUUUUAUGCUGGGUAAGGAUUUUUUUAAAGAUAUUUUAUCUAUUUGACUAUUGAUACAAUAUUGCUGUUUUGAAAAAAAUAUUUUGUUGCUGAGCACUUUAUCAGUUAAAUUUAAACUAGACAAGACACAUUAACUAUUGUUAAUUCUAAGAACUUAGUUUAUGGCAUUUUUGUUUUUGAAGAUUUCUGCUAAAAUAAUUUUUAGUCAGUUAAAAUUAAAUUUAAGUGUGAUUUGUAUACUAAGAUUUUCAAAUUUAUGAUCUUUAUUCGUAAGUAAUCAUGGAAGACAAUUUAUUUAUCUGUUCAUUAAUUUAUUCUUUUUUUUUUUUUAUUGCUAUAUGGUGAGUAAAUUUUAACCAUCAAUUUUUUUUGUGGCCAAGUAUGUUAAUUGUUUACAGGUGGUUUGAAAUAGUUGUUUAUUUGGCAUGUUAUUUUUGGUUUUGGUGCAAUUGUCUGUCAUUGCAUUGAGAAAGUAUUUGCAGUGGUCAAACCAUAGAGUGAAUAUAGUAGUAGAGUUUAGACAGGGCUGCAUAGUAGGGAAUAUUUGUGGUCAACACCUAGUAUAUUGCUUAUAAACAUGACACAUUCUUGACAUACCGAUAAGGACGGUGACAUUUUAUUUAUGUAAACAAAACCAUGGCAUCGUAUUACAAUACAGCUCAGCUACUUAUGUAUAGUUAAAACAUGAUAAAUGAAAUAGAUUUUAUGAAACUUGCUAUUUCGUCAAAUCAACCUGUACGUUCCAUAAUUGUCAUUGCCAGUGUAGAGAAAACCAGUGGUUUGUCUGACAGUCAGUAAUGUAUAUUUGGCACGGUGUGCAGAAACACAAAUUUACUCUACCUCUUUAUUUACUCUAUGGAUAUACUAACUACAUAGCUUGAUUGUUUUGUGGCACACAUUCUUCCAUCUUUUGUGACAGUGAAUUAAUUACACUUUCACUCUGCUGUUCACAUUUUAUUUGAUAACUGCAUAUAAACUGUGUUACUGGUGAACCUCCGCAGCAAAGGUGAAGAAUGGGGCUCUUGUAAAGAUGGGUUGCUGUGAUUAGUUGUAGGGGGAGGAGUCACUACUCAAUGUAACGGUAGAUUACUGUGGUUGAAAGGUUCUCUAUGAAGAAUUUAAAGCUAGGAACAUGUUUUUAUAGCACUCAACUUAUGAAAAUACUGGUGGGGAUUUAAAUUUUUUAUGUUAAUUAUUUUUUUAAUGUGUAAACUGUUUUCAUCUCUGGCAGCUGCUGAAGUAGUUUUAGUUGUGCCCUUAUUGCUGUAUUGUGUAUACCAAUGCUGUCUUUUCAUAAAAUUUUGCUGUUGAUUACUACUGUCAUAGUUUAAACAACAUUUAAAAGCUACUAAAUCAUGUUCAGGAAAUACAUGUUUAUCACAGAAGCAAUAUUGUCUUACAUAAAUCCUUUCUAUUUUACAUAAUAUUAAUUAGUUUGUAUUUAAUGUUAAAUGGUUAAUUUGGUUCAGCUCUGAUGCAACUAACAUCGUUAGCAAAGUUACAUGUAUUUUUUAUUAACGUAACUAACAUUUUAUGAAAUUUAUAAAAAAAUAUGUUUUUAAAAUGAACAUUGAAUUUGGUUCUCCUAAUAGAGUGGCCACCUUGAGAUUUCCUGUCACUCCUUAUUGCAUUGUUUAAAUUUUUCGGGAUGUGUAGUUGUGAAUGGUGCAAAUUUGUGUUUGAUGAAAUGACAUGAGAAUGUCAUGCAUAUGUUUUUUUAAUGUUUCAAAACAGCUGAGUCAUCUAUAAAAGUAUGUUGUGUCAAUUUGUUUAAAAAAUCAAAAGUACAUAAAUUUCAUUCAAAAUAUCUAUUGAAUGCUAAAAAUGUUAAAUGACAACAUUUUUAACUGUUAGUAUCCUUCAAAUAUUUUGUUUCAUUGUGCUUGGUUGAUGACUGUAAGCAUUCAUUGUGCAGCUCUUUAAGUAUGUGUGGAGACGUUGAAGUGUAUUUUGUUAUAAAUGUUCAGAUGACCGUCUGUCAUUCGUCAGAUUAACAGGCUAUGUUAUGAAGCCAAAUCAUUUUAUCUGCAACAAAGUUCUGAUACAGCAUUAUAAAACUGCCAUCAAGUUGAAUAUUUUGAGCAGCUAUUAAAUGUCACUGUUUUGGUUUACCAGAAUUUUUUGUAUUUUUUUUUUCCGUGGUACUGCACACUAGUUGGUUUGUGAUAGAGCUUGUUUUAAAAAUCAAUCUUUAAAAUUCUGUUCUGCAACAUUUAUAUUUGGUGCCUGUGUUGACGUCCUGGCAUCCUAGAAAUGCCAUCCUUCAGUGAAUUCUUCCAUUGCUGUAGAGACUGACCAGGAUUGAUGUUUCAGUCCUCAUGUUCUCCUCAUCGGUUUGCCAGUGAAGAUGAGAUGCACUUGUUAAUGAAUUGCCCACUAUCUAUAUGUGACGUUACUGUAAUGUGUGUGUGCUCACAAGGGGAAGCUACUACGUUCAGAUCACUGUUUUUAUUUAAAAUUUGUACACUUUCAGUAGUCCGUUAGGACAACAUAAUGUGCAAUUAAAGUGUACUACUUGGGCAUUUUCGAGAAAAUUGCAAGAGAAUAUUUAGGUGUUGAGUAUGUACCGGUGCAUUGUGACCUUGAGCGCGAGAUAGCGGUGGUUGAGUGGUUAGCGUUCAAGCUCCGUGAUCGCUGUCUCCAGAUUGAGUCCCACUCAUGGUUUUUUUUAAUUAAAUUUAUUUUUCAACACUGGUCAUAUUCUUUCAUAUAAAUUACAAUUCAAAGGUAAAUAAAAUAAAAAAUUAUCAUUAUUUGCAUUAAAUUUUAUUGAAUUUCCAAUUAUUUUGUCUGUUCACUAAUGUUUAAUAUUACAACAAACAAAAUAAAAAAAUAAAUAAUAAGGAAUGUCUCAAAUUACGACAGGCAUAAAUUUUGUUUUAUGUUUGUCAUUUACUUGUUGAUUAUUAUAAAUAUAAUAACAAUGCAUCUGUACAUAUUUGACCCGCAAAGCUUCUCUUGCAAUUUUCUCGAAUGCGCCCACGUAGUACGCUUUACUACUAGCACUAUGCUGUCCUAAUGAACUACUAAAAGUAUACAAAGUUAGAAUAACAUUCGUGAUCCGAACAUCGUAGCUUCCCCUUGUUAGUUCGACAUGUGGCUUGUUCCUUAAGUUAUUGUAUGUUGUGUUUUUGUUUGUUGUGCCUGUAGUUACAAAAUAGGUACUGUAUUUACCUGCAGAAGGGUUGGUUGCCCCCUGAAAAUGGGUCACAUCUAUAAUUUUUGGCUUAAAAUUCAUUUUGACCGUAAGAAUCACCUUAAAAUAAGUGUCGCACCAUAUAUCUAGAAUUCCAUAUACACUAGAACCUCGAUUUUACGAAUGAUGAUGGUUCCACGGAUUGCAUUUGCAAAAUCGCUACCUUUGUAAAAUUUUGAACCCCCUCCUCCCCCCUGAAGAAAAAUGUAGAUAGUUUUAACUUUUUGAACUAAAUAUAUCUGGUAUGAAAAUAAAAAUAUUGGGUCUUAAUAAAUGAAAUACCAUUAAAUAUUAAAUACUAUUAAUGCAACAAAAAAAUAACAUCUGGCCCCAGUCCACCUGCAUGCUGUGGCUUGAACUGCUUGGUCAUGCUACCGUCUCUCCCGUAGCAAACCUGUCUACUGUACGUUACAGCAUAUCGCACCUUUCAUACACACUGUUGUUCCUACGAUCGUGUGAAUAGUGACUUCUUCCAUUUGUAAACAGCAUGUGGAAUGUUGAUACUAAUAACUGCUCGUAUUUUUUUUGUAGGCCUACAUAUUUUAAACAUUUCUCACGUGAAAUAAAAAACCUAACCACCUUCAGUAUUGCGUAGUGUUACAAGAUAUGCCCAGGGCCUGGUUGAUAAACUGGUAAUAUUUUCUGCCUUCUAUUUCUACACUUUUCCCCACAUCAGCUUUAUAAGUUAAUCUUCACAGCUUAGUUGAAUAACUGCACCCCGCGCCUACAAACAGCAUCACUUAUACCAUUUUUGAGCGAACCUCCCCAGCAGAUGUGAAGCUAUGUCUGACUGGGGGCUGGCAGGCGACAGACUCAGCAAAAUGGCAGGUUAUGAUGCUUUACACGCACUGCUGAGUUAUUGCAAUUUAUACUACUAGUUGUGACAUAUUUAUUAAAAGCAAACACAGGCUGUAUAUUUAAGUACAUAGUUAAAAACACAGCGCAAAGUUAAUUUUUUUCACCUGAAGUGAAAAACUCUCAGUGUCGACCCUCAUAUUUUUAAACAACAAAUCUGCAUAAAAUGUGUGACCCAUAUGCAGGUAAAUACAGUAAUUAGCUUAUCCACUGAAACUGUUCCAUUCCUAUGUAACCUGCUACUUGUAUCGUAGUGACAAUCUAUAUGCUUGUAUGUACAUAAAGUAUCCAGAACCAUUUACGUGAGGACACUUUGAAAGAAUAUUUUGUAUUGUGCAUGUAUUGAAAUAAUUAUGAAGACGGUUUUUGUAGAAUAUAACACCUGGCGAGGAUUAUUGAAAGAAAAGAGCUGUGCGACAUUACAUAAAUUGAAAUGUGCCUUGAUGUUACAUGCUGCAUUUGGUAUGAGGAUCAUUAUAAAUUUUUAUGAUUUCGAUAAAUUUUGGAAUUAUCAUCUUGGAGGAAGUUGCCCCUGAAGAAUUAAGUUCGAAUACAAAUAUACAUGUGGUUGUAAGACAAUGAAGGAUAAGAAACAUGUUUUAUGAAAAAUGUGGGGAAUAUCAUGUUAAGUGUGUUUUACCAAUAAUUUUAUUUUUAAUGUUAUAUGAAGACCAUUUUAGAGGAUGUUUGAGGGUUCAUUAUUAAAAUAAUUAACAUUAAAAAAUGAAAUUAAUUUUUGACUGAAGGUCGUUUUUGCAGUAUAUAUUAUUUAAUUCUAUAAGAACAUUUAUGGUAGUAAAAUAUAUUGGAACAAUUCAAUUUGUGUUGCUCAAUUGCUCUUGUCUGGCAAUUACACCCAGAAUUCAUUUGUGCUUCUGUGGAUCCACACCUACCCUUGCUGUUGAUGCUGUUAGGUUUACAAAUAAAAAUGUAAUUUUUAUUUUGUAUUUCAGUGCUAUAAUAGGAGCCAAGAUUAAAGCGCUGUUUUGUUCAGUAGACAAUUAAAAUAUGUAGAUGUGGAAUUAAAUGUUAUAGUUGCCAUGGUCCUGGGUAGCGUCGUGAAACUCAUUUUCCACUCAUCACUAGUAAAGAGCUUAUACUGACCUGUAGCGUUUCACGCAGUAGAUUUCCAGACAUCUGCACCAGGUGGUUUCUAAAUGUUGCUUUUUACUGGCAUUAACUGACUGUUCCUGUGACAACUUUUCUGUACCUUCGUGUACUAUUUUCUGUCAGAGCUUGUGUUAAACUUGACACUGGAAAAUGUACAAGAGCAACUAAACACUGCUUAAAUAAAAAUGUAAAGUUCUGUGGUGCCUGAAUGCAUUUUCUCUGCCACAGGUAAUUGUUAACAACUUGUAUUAGAAGGCAUGUAGUAGUAAUAAAUUUCCCAAUAAAUUAAUGUUUUCCUAAAA